GCCUCACAACUGCAAUAAUGGGGGACGGGAACAGGAACGGGACUGCGACACCUGUUGCUUCGGUCACACGAAUUGAAUCCUUCAGCGCUUCGCAUCGCUUGCACAGCCCAUGCCUUUCGGAUGCUGAAAACGCUGCCAUUUUUGGCAAAUGCAACAACCCAAAUGGCCAUGGUCACAACUAUAAAUUGGAAGUCACAGUCACUGGCCCUGUAGAUAAAGCCACAGGAAUGGUAAUCAACAUCACAGACCUCAAGAAAUACAUACAGAGCGAAGUGAUGGAUGCUCUUGAUCACAAGAAUUUGGACAAAGAUGUGCCGUAUUUUCAGAAAGCAGUCAGCACAACUGAAAAUGUAGCAGUAUUUGUGUGGCGGCGGCUGCAUAAGGUGCUGCCCGAGGAGCUGCAGCUUCGUGUGCGGUUGCACGAGACAGACAAGAACGUAGUCACAUACGAAGGACUGUGAAGCUGUUAGAAGGAAAGACGAUUACUUUUAAGGUCUCGUUUCUUAGUUAGACACAAUAUUAAUGAGAACUAACAGACAAUAAUGCCAAAGAAAGUAUAGGGGAUGUUAUUUGUUAGAUGGCUUGGUCCCUGCCGCCGGCAGAGAUCGCACCUGCGACCUUCGAAUUGUCUGUUAGUUCUCAUUAAUAUUGUGAAGCUGUUAGCACACUCGUGUUGUACUGCAGACGUUUGUUGGCAUGGCUUUGAUAGAAGCAUCUUGUGCGUGGAAGCCCUAUAUGUAUAUGUAACUCCUAUUACACUGGUCACACUUUUAUGUCACUUGGCAGUGCCCUGGCAGUGGCUUGAAAAAAUAAAUCACAAACAAAACAAUGAUGUUGGUUCAUUUUGCAAAGGAUGAGCAGUGGUGGGUGCCGUGCCAUCCACAGCACAAGUGGCUUUGCUAAUCUUGGC